AUGAAAGAACAAAAACACCGCAUACUCAGUAUAAUACGGUUCGAGAACUCGUGUCAAAUAUCCAGUCCAGUCAUUCUGCCACUUCCAUACCGCGAGAGCUUUGACAAACUCCCAGUGUUCAGGAAACCAACCACUGAACUCCCAAUCUACAAUUCCAGUGACGUUCCCAUUAUUGACCAUGAUAUUAGGAUGACGAAAAUCGCCAUGGGUAAACACAAUAUCAUGUCUUUUCUGAGACGCAAGCAUACCAACCAGGACAUUCUUGACAUGAUAUUUAGGUGCUCUGUCUUGAUACGCAUUGAUAUUUGCAUUGUUAAAAUCAUCUUCUGA